GAGUUCAGGACGCGCGAAAGUUCAGGACGGAGGGCUGGACCAUGGCUGGAUACCUCGGCAUGGCAGGGCCCGGCCUGUGGAUACUCUUGAGUUAUGUAAUCUUUGGAAAUGGACUUCAUUUAGAGAUUCUUGGCGGAAGGCAUGAGCAAGUAUUCCAUCAGAAAAGCCUAAUCAGGCAAAAGCGAGAAUGGAUUGUUCCACCUUCCAUGGUCUGGGAAGAACGUGACAAUUCCCAGAAGAACCCAAUUGCUAAGAUUCGGUCUGACAAAGAUGUUGAACCUGGAGUAAUUAUUACUUACACCAUUUCUGGCCAAGGAGUCACAGAACCACCAUAUCAUUUGUUUGUGAUUAAUGGGAAAACUGGAGAAUUGAACAUAACUGGAAUAGUCGAUCGGGAACAAACACCAAUGUUAUAUCUGAGGGGCUAUGCACUGAAUCAAAGAGGUGAAAAUCUGGAAAAGCCACUGGAUCUACGCAUUAAAGUUAUGGAUGUAAAUGACAAUAGCCCAGUGUUUUCACAAACAGUUUUCAUGGGUUCUGUUGAAGAAUUGUGUGAAGUGGGUACUCUUGUGCUGAAGAUAAGUGCAACUGAUGCAGAUGAACCCAAUACACCCAACUCCCAAAUUGCUUUUAAGAUUAUUUCACAAGAACCUGAUGAUCCUAAUGCAUUUGUCAUUAACAAAGCAACAGGUGAAGUUCGGACAGCAUCAUUCCAGCUUGACAGAGAGCUGCAUAGUAGUUAUUCCUUGGUUGUGGAAGCAAAAGACCUUAAUGGAAAAGAACAUGGGAAUGGUCAAGUGACUAGCCUACAGAUCAAGAUUCUGGAUGUUAAUGACAAUAUCCCUAAACUUAGCAAGUCUGUGUUUGAAGGAAGUGUAAAGGAAAAUAUAGCUAAUGUGGAAAUCAUGCGCUUGGACGUCUUUGAUGGAGAUGAACAAUUUACUGAUAACUGGCUGGCAAACUUUGUGAUUGUGUCUGGCAAUGAUGGAGGCUUCUUCCGUAUAGAAACAGAUUCACAAACCAACCAAGGAAUUCUUACUCUGAUUAAGGAAAUAAAUUAUGAAGAAUUGCGGACAAUGGACCUGAAGAUAACAGUUUCUAACAAAGCAGCAUAUCACAAAUCAAUUAUUAGUCAAGUUUCCCAAGCAAAACCAGUUUCUAUUAAAAUUAAUGUGGAAAAUGUGAGGGAAGGCCCCGUAUUUAAGCCCCAAACUUUAGUGAUUAAGACAAGUGGAAUAAUGAAAAUAAACCAAAUUAUUGGAAGUUUUCAAGCUUAUGAUGAAGACACUCAAAAAAUAGCAGAACGCAUCACUUAUGCCAAGGGAAGUGAUUUUGCAAACUGGUUGACAAUAAAUGCUAAAACAGCUGAAAUCAGACUAAUUAAAGUCCCAGACUAUGAAUCACCCUAUGUCAUCAAUGGUACUUACACUGCAACAAUUUUGGCCAUAAGUACUGACUACCCUCCAAAAACAGCUACUGGUACCAUCACUAUUCAGAUUGAAGACAAGAAUGAUCACUGCCCAAUUCUUGUGACUCCAAAAACAACUGUCUGUACUGAUGCAAAGUAUAUUAAUAUCACUGUUGAAGAUCGAGAUAGACAUCCAAAUGCUGGUCCUUUCACUUUCAUGGUCAUUGAUGAACCUGAAAGAAUGUCAGACAAAUGGAAAAUUGGUCAGAUAGAUGGGUCCAGAGCUCAGCUUAUGCUUCAGGAUAUGACACCUGGUAUAUACAAAAUUCCUAUUUUAGUGAGAGAUAACCAAGGCCUCAGCUGCCCUGACCAACAAGUUCUGGAGAUGGAAGUUUGUAAUUGCAAGGAUGGCGCUGGUUGCCAAGAAAGAAUUAUCAGCUCCUCUAUCUUUCUGGGACCUGCUGCAGUUGCACUGAUGAUCUUGGCAUUUUUGCUACUACUCCUCGUGCCUCUCUUACUGCUGGCCUGUGGCUUUGGAUCAGUCUUUGGAUCAGGCGGUGGAAAAGGAUUUGCAGCUAUACCUGACAACAGUGAAGAAAUAUUGCGUAACUGGAACAGUGAAGGAGCAGCACCUGAAAAUAAGGCAAUCCUAAACCUCCUUACUUCCUCUGGAUCGGAAAAGUAUGUGGGCAGUGGAGCAGCAGGAGCAGCAGGGAGUGGCUUCUCUAUGAUCAAGGAGCAGAACAUGAACAGCAACACAACCACAAGAUGGCAGAGAGAAGAGCGAGAAGCCCUUCUUUCUGGGGCAGAAUUUGCAGGUGCCUCAGCCACAGGGGCGGGCUUGACAGCAGGUGAGACAAUGCUGCUAGGAGCUCGCAGAACUUUAGCCAUGGAUACUGGCAUGAUCAUGAAUGAAGAAUUCUUACGGGGUUACUUCAGUGAGAAAGCUGAUGCUUUUGCUGAUGAGGAUGAAAUGCUGCUUGCCAAAGAUUGCCUACUCAUUUACUCCCAGGAGGAAGAACACGAUUCCCCUCAUGGUUCAGUUGGCUGCUGUAGCUUUAUUGAUGGUGACUUUGAUGAACAUUUCUUGGAUGACUUGGGAGACAAAUUUAAGACCCUGGCUGAGAUCUGCAUGGGCAAAAACACAGGCCUAAAAGCAGAGCAGUUCAGCUCUCAUACCCAGAACGAUACAACCAAUCCUGCAGUGAAUGAAUCUGGUCUACAGUACUCCCAACAGCAGAAUGCAGUGAAUGCUGAACACACCUACUCAUCAGGGGCUGCCUACAACUUAUCUGAACCUGUGAAAGGCUUUGGUUCAAAAACAAUGACUGAGGAAACAAUGACUGAGUCAACUGUUACAACUAAGUCUAAUCUGCAACCAGUGAAGCGAAUCCCAGACGCUGCGAUUAGCAGUAGCAGCAAUGUUGUAGUGACAGAAACAUCAUAUGGGACGGUGCCAUCAACAGUCAUCCUCGACCCUCAGUUUAAGGAGAAUGUGGUAGUGACAGAAAGGGUCCUUUCACCUGCUUCCAACUUGCAGGACAUGUUAGAAAUGCCUGCUGGCGUCUUCCCAGACCUCCCAGAUUCAAAAUAUGUUGUUGUGAGGGAAAGGGAGCGAAUCCUGGUGCCUAGUUCUGACUUAAAGGCUUCUGUAAGCAUCCCCAAUCUGUCAGAAGGACAGAAUAUAUUAAUAACAGAGAGAGUAGUGACACCAACUCCAGUUAGGCGGGCCACAGCUGAAACAGGCACGUUUCCUAACAAUGAAAGGCAGGAAAAGAUUUUAAUCUCUGACUCCUUCUUUAACCAAAGUAGCCCACAGGAAGUGCUUCCCACAGGUUCAACCUUAAGCAAGUCCUCAACGGUCAAAAAAAAAUAUAGCUCUGUCCAAUAUACACGUUCAUAGGUGGUGGAUUUCCACCCAUCACUUCACAUGUACUAUUAGGAUUGAUUGAUUGUCUUCUCAGGAGCUUGAAUAUGUUGUUUCACUUUCCUAAUGAUGCUUUUUAACAAUCCAUAAGGAUACAACCUUAAAACCAUUUACUAGGUGCAAUGCCUCACUGUGUAAUAUAGGAUUUAUUUCUGAGAAGUUACUCAUAAAAUGGCUCUAUUAAAGAGUUCCUGCAAGAAACUCCCCAAGCUUACACAGCUAGAAAAGAAUAUUGUUUAUCGAAAGAGUAAUAUAAAUUUCUGUAUGACUCCAAAAUCAAUAUCUUUUGUCUGGUUUGAUAGUCCACUUGAAGUUAGUUCAGUAUUCAUUGUGCAGCAAAUUCUACUGGUCUGCACCAUGAACUUAGAUUUUUUUUUCUAAUGAAUUCACUGAAUUUAUUGUUUCAACAACAUAGUUAAUAUUGAAAUACAUAUAUCUACAAAUUUGAAUAUAUUUCAGUUUAGUAAAACUGACUUCAGAAAUGUAUUUUUAAAGAGUGCAGCAUUCACAAUCAGUUUCCAUUGAGUUUAAUGGGAUUUAUUCUUCAGUCAGUACAAUCAGGAUGUAGCCUUAAAACUACAAUUUUAACUGAUAUUUUAUUCAUUAUAUACACAGGGAACAUUCCUAUUCUUUAACAGAAUGGAUCUCAUUUCAUUUUUAAAAAACUAAACUUUAUAGAUUUGUAUAAAUUCUUUACCAAUAGAAAUUGAGUGAAACUGAGUUUUGUUUCUUGUAUUCAUAUAUUCUUUUCAAGACGAAUUAGUUUGUCUGUGUGGUUGGUUCAGAUACUGUAUUUGAACAAGGUAAUACAUUUCUGAAGGCAGAAUUCUAUCCAGUGUGUUUUUUCCUCAGAUGCCAGAUAUCACACAACCAUAAUAUCCAAAAAUUAACAUUUGUCAAUCUCAAAAUUUCUGCUAUU